GUCGGACUUGUUCUUCAGAGUUAGCCAAUGUGGGGAAGAAGGGUGUUUGUGAUUAACUAAAUAAACCGAGGCAAUGUUAUCACUAGAAGAAGACUUACCAUUAGUUUGUGUUUAGCUUUAAGAAUAAAAAUAUGCCGUUUGUGACCUGCAAUGACUGACGAUCUUGUAACCUUUGGAUUAAAGAAUAUGUUAACUGUCUUAUAAUUUAGCUGCAGCUGAACGACGUAUUAUCAUAAUGAUAAGACACCAUUAAUGUAAUGUGUUGGUGAUAGUCAUUGAUUGAAGAAAAAUGUCUAAACGUUUUUGAUUGAAUUGUACUAUUAAACUUUUUUUUCUGGGUACUGAAAAAUACUACACCUUAGAAUAUCCAACAGAUACUGAAAGAGUACUGUAUAGAGAACGAAUACUGAAAGAGUAAAUCUUCGUUUACACUUGGUACCCAAUACUGUAGCGGGGUAUUUUAUUUGUAGUGUGAUGGUACUGGCAGUGCCUCGUUUUAAUUUUUCAUGUCGCUGAGCAUGUUACUUUUGUCAAAAAAACGAGAAGGUUUUUUGGGGGGGGCAUUAUCCUGUCUUGAACAGUAAGACAUGACCAUUAUCGCUUUUUUAAGACCGCUGUUGCUCCGGGGGCAUCGCCGCCUUGCAGAACUGCCCCCCCAGCACAACUAUUGUAUAAAAACCCCCCUCUCAGUUACGGUAGAAGGACAGGACACCAGUGCCCGGGAAUUUAGAAACAGAUUGGCGACCGGUCCUGGAUUUCCUGAUUUCCUGAAACGUGCCUCUGCUGAGAAGAAGGAUCCCCAGCUCCCGCAGGCAGAUGUGGAGGACACGCACAGUUAUUUUCCUGAAGCCUCUCUCAGUGGGGAUGGCAGGAAAGUUUACUUCGAGACCUACGGUUGUCAGAUGAAUGUCAGCGACACUGAGAUUGCCUGGUCCAUUCUGCAGCGAAGAGGGUAUCUACGCACCAAAGACCCGUCUCAGGCUGAUGUGAUCUUACUCGUCACAUGCUCUGUCAGGGAAAAAGCUGAACAGACCAUCUGGAACAAACUGAGGCAGCUCGCCACUCUCAAACAGAAGCGACCCAAAACACGAAGUCCUCUCAAACUUGGUGUUUUAGGGUGCAUGGCGGAGAGGCUGAAGACGGAGCUGCUGGAGCGCGAGAAGCUCGUGGAUGUCCUGGCGGGGCCUGAUGCCUACCGCGACCUGCCCCGCCUGCUGUCCGUGGCCCACGGCGGCCUGCGGGCCAGCAACGUCCUCCUGUCGCUGGAAGAGACCUACGCCGACGUCAUGCCUGUCCACCGCACCCCCCAGGGUCACAGCGCCUUUGUCUCCGUCAUGCGCGGCUGUGACAACAUGUGCAGCUACUGCAUCGUCCCUUUCACGCGGGGCCGGGAGAGGAGCCGGCCCAUCGCCUCCAUCCUGGAGGAGGUGCGGCUGCUCUUGGACCAGGGGGUGAGGGAGGUGACUCUGCUCGGCCAGAACGUGAACAGCUACAGGGACACGUCGGUGCAGCAGCUCAGCGGCGUCGAGCCCACGAGGCGGAGCCGCGGUUUCAGCGCGCUGUACCGGGACAGGCAGGGGGGCCUGCGCUUCGCCGACCUGCUGGACAGGGUCUCCCUGGUGGACCCCGAGAUGAGGGUCCGCUUCACCUCCCCGCACCCCAAGGACUUUCCUGACGAGGUCCUCCAGCUCAUCCAGGAGAGGGGCAACAUCUGCAAGCAGAUCCACCUGCCAGCCCAGAGUGGCAGCAGCAGAGUCCUGCAGGCCAUGCGGCGAGGCUACACCAGAGAGGCGUAUCUGGAGCUGGUGGCUCACAUACGUGGAAUAAUUCCAGAGGUGAGUCUGAGCAGCGACUUCAUUGCUGGAUUCUGCGGGGAGACUGAGGAAGAUCACCAGCAGACCGUGUCCCUCCUGCGAGACGUGCAGUACAAUAUGGGGUUCCUCUUUGCCUACAGCAUGAGACAGAAAACCCAUGCCUCCCGUCGGCUCCAGGACGACGUCCCAUUGGAGGUAAAACAGCGCCGCCUAGAGGAGCUUAUCACAGUAUUCAGGGAGGAGGCCUCAAAAGUGAAUGCUGGACUCAUCGGGAGCGCACAGCUCGUCCUGGUGGAAGGGGAGAGUAAGAGGUCUGCGACAGAGCUAUGUGGGCGGAAUGAGGGCAAUCUGAAGGUGAUUUUCCCUCGGCAGGAAGUUCCCACAAACCCCUCCUCCCCCUGCACUGCAGCCAUCAGUCCAGGAGACUAUGUGCUAGUCAAGGUACAGUACUGCGUGUUCAUUUCUAGCAGCAUGCAUGACCUGCUUCAGCCAUUCUGUAUACAAGACUAUUCAGGUAACCUUUAUCAUACAUGUAGAUAUGAUUGUAUGCAUUUUAAUCUAUUAUCCUAGUAAUAAUCAUAAUUAUUUGCAUCCCAAAGAAUUUCGAAUUACAUGAUGGAGGAGAUCCAUAUCACUGCCUCUAUAUGGGUGAUGCACAGCAGUUAUUCUGUACCAGCAGCCCCACCACAUGUCAGAUAAUCUGUGGAAUUGAAGAUUUGCUUCACUUGAAUUGUUGCAGAUUAAUUCAGGGGCAUCUUCGAGGAGACAAAGUAGAAUUUAGCCAAGACAUCUAGCUAACGCCACUCUUAUCUCCUACUCUUACGGACAGUGCACUGGAAACUUUAAUGAGAUAAUGGCAUUAAUAGUUGAUAAGGCAUUUGGUUUGGGGUCGCAGUGUCCCCUGUUACUGCACAAAAAUGCUGGUCCAGCUGAAGAGUGCCACCUACUGAUCCAGCAGCGCCGCUGACAGCAGCCGCCUGGUUUUCAUUAGAAGACUCGGUUUCUAUUCAUAAGCAGGUCCAGUCAUGCUGAAUAUCGGAAAACUGAUGAGGACAUCCUUUCAACUGUAGGAUUACCAAUUCUGAAUGUCAUCACUAAAAAUUCCUUUUCCAAGUACUUUCUGGUUUUACUUACAUUUUUAAACAUCCCUGAAUUGUGCCUCAAUUGUUUCCAUAAAUUCCCAUUAUAUGGUUUCACACAGUCUAAUUGACAUUAUUUUUUUCUUCAGAUUACAUCUGCGAGCUCCCAGAGCCUGAGAGGCAUUCCUCUGUGCCACUCCACUCUGAGCUCCACAGGGACUGCUGUGCAUUAGGUCUGUGGAAUACAGCUGUGUGCCGACCAGGAGCAGGGAGUCUCUCGCACAGCUGAGUGCCGACCAGGAGCAGGGAGUCUCUCGCACAGCUGUGUGCCGA